AUGGAAGAUUUCACUGCGGAAAAGCCUUAUGAAUGUAAACAGUGUGGCGGUCGUUUCAGUGAAGCAGGAAGCUUGAAAAAUCAUCAAAAAGUUCACAGUGGAAAAAAGCCCCAUGAAUGUAAACAUUGUGGUAAACGUUUUAGCCGUAUAAACCACGUAAGGAAUCAUGAAAGACUUCACACUGGGGAGAAGCCUUAUGAAUGUAAACAAUGUGGCAAGUAUUUUAGUGCAGCAGGAACCCUAAAGAGACAUGAAAGAGUUCAUACUGGAGAAAAACCUUAUGAAUGUCAACAGUGUGGCAAGUGCUUUAGCCUUUCUAGCACCCUGAAGAUCCAUGAAAGGUUUCAUGCUGAAGAAAAGCCUUAUAAAUGUAAAGAGUGUAACAAGGGUUUUAGCCAAGCAGGACACCUAAGGACACAUGAAAGAGUUCACACUGGCGAAAAACCUUAUGAAUGUAAACAAUGUGGCAAGUGUUUUAGUGCAACAGGAUCCCUAACGAGACAUAAAAGAGUUCACACUGGAGAAAAGUCACAUGAAUGUAAGCAGUGUGGCAAGUGUUUUAGACAUUCCAAUGUCCUAAGGAGGCAUGAACGAGUUCACACUGGGGAAAAACCUUAUGAAUGUAAACAGUGUGGCAAGCGUUUUAGCCGAUCAGUUAGCCUAANAAAAACCUUAUGAAUGUCAACAGUGUGGCAAGUGCUUUAGCCUUUCUAGCACCCUGAAGAUCCAUGAAAGGUUUCAUGCUGAAGAAAAGCCUUAUAAAUGUAAAGAGUGUAACAAGGGUUUUAGCCAAGCAGGACACCUAAGGACACAUGAAAGAGUUCACACUGGCGAAAAACCUUAUGAAUGUAAACAAUGUGGCAAGUGUUUUAGUGCAACAGGAUCCCUAACGAGACAUAAAAGAGUUCACACUGGAGAAAAGUCACAUGAAUGUAAGCAGUGUGGCAAGUGUUUUAGACAUUCCAAUGUCCUAAGGAGGCAUGAACGAGUUCACACUGGGGAAAAACCUUAUGAAUGUAAACAGUGUGGCAAGCGUUUUAGCCGAUCAGUUAGCCUAAGGAAUCACGAAAGAGUUCACACUGGGGAAAAACCUUAUGAAUGUAAACAAUGUGGCAAGUGUUUUACUGAAGCAGGCUCCCUAAAAAGUCAUGUAAAAGUUCACACUGGGGAAAAGCCUUAUGAAUGUAAACAGUGUGGCAAGUGUUUUAGACAUUCCAAUACCCUAAGGAUACAUGAAAGACUUCACACUGGGGAAAAACCUUAUGAAUGUAAACAAUGUGGCAAGCGUUUUAAUGCAACAUCAUCCCUUAGGAGACAUGAAAGAAUUCACACUGGAGAAAAGUCAUAUGAAUGUAAGCAGUGUGGCAAGUGGUUUAGACAUUCCAGUGUUCUAAGGAGGCAUGAACGAGUUCACACUGGGGAAAAACCUUAUGAAUGUAAACAGUGUGGCAAGUGUUUUAACCGAUCAGUUAGCCUAAGGAAACAUGAAAGAGUUCACACUGGGGAAAAGCCUUAUGAAUGUAAACAAUGUGGCAAGUGUUUUACUGAAGCAGGCUCCCUAAAAAGUCAUGUAAAAGUUCACACUGGGGAAAAGCCUUAUGAAUGUAAACGGUGUGGCAAGUGGUUUAGACAUUCCAAUACCCUAAGGAUGCAUGAAAGAGUUCACACUGGGGAAGAACCUUAUGAAUGUGAAGACUGUGGCAAGUGUUUUAAGCGAAUAGCAAGUCUAAGGAUUCAUGAAAGAGUUCACAGUAGGGAAAAGCGGUAUGAGUGUAAACAGUGUAGCAAGUGUUUUAGUCAGCAAGGAGCAUUGAGGAGGCACAAAGAAGUCCACAAUAGAGAAAUCUCACAUAAAUGUGACAGUAGCAAAGGUUCGUUUAAACGUUUUCUUUUCAACUGUAAGAGAGCUGGAAGUAACAUAAGGGCGGGAUUGCCUAACAGCACAUUGUCACAUAGAGAGAUUGAUGGCAAUAGGAUGGAAGACCAGCAAUCAGANUUAGUCAGCAAGGAGCAUUGAGGAGGCACAAAGAAGUCCACAAUAGAGAAAUCUCACAUAAAUGUGACAGUAGCAAAGGUUCGUUUAAACGUUUUCUUUUCAACUGUAAGAGAGCUGGAAGUAACAUAAGGGCGGGAUUGCCUAACAGCACAUUGUCACAUAGAGAGAUUGAUGGCAAUAGGAUGGAAGACCAGCAAUCAGACAUCAAUGAGAGAUACAGCUGUUGGAUUUGUCAAGAGGACAUGCGUAGUGAGGCUCUUCUUCUUCAACAUUACGAAAAUCAUAUGAAACAUAUAGCUGAUAGUGGCUCUUAA